GGCACUUCCUGUGUCUGUUGCCAGGGCACGAGCCUGGUGGGGCCUUAGGGGCGACACUGUGUGUGUCGUCCUCUCCCCCCUCCCCGGGGGUCAAGAUGUCGGGGCUCAGUGGCCAAGAAAUGGAGGGCUGUCGUAACUUGCUCGGCCUGCUGGACAACGACGAGAUCCUGGCCCUGUGCGACACCGUCACCAACCGCCUGGUGCACCCCGAGAACCGCCAAGAUGCUAUUCGUGCAAUAUUAACAUAUAGUCAAAGUGUAGAAGAACUUCUGAAGCGUAAAAAAGUCCACCGAGAUGUCAUAUUUAAAUACUUAGCAACACAAGGAGUUAUAAUACCUCCAGCUACUGAAAAACAUAAUCUCAUUCAGCAUGCAAAAGAUUACUGGAACAGCCAGUCACAGCUGAAAUUGAAGGAAAUGGCAGUACCGGUUAGAAAGACAGAGAACAUCCAACUCUUUCAACAGGCAAAAGAAGAUAAAAAAACUGAAAAGGUUGAUUUCCGCCGCCUAGGAGAAGAAUUUUGUCACUGGUUCUUUGAACUUCUAAAUUCUCAGAAUCCCUUUCUGGGACCACCUCGUGAUGAGUGGGGGCCACAGCACUUUUGGCAUGAUGUCAAGCUUAGGUUUUAUUAUAACACAUCAGAACAAAACGUGACCGACUACCACGGAGCAGAAAUGGUGAGCCUUCGUUUGCUGUCACUAGUGAAAGAAGAGUAUCUGUUUCUGAACCCCAACCUGGAUUCGCGGGGACUCAAGUGCGCUUCUUCGCCACAUGGGCUAGUUAUGAUUGGAGUCGCAGGGACUGUCCACCGAGGGAACUCCUGCUUGGGUAUUUUCGAGCAGAUAUUUGGACUCAUCCGUUGUCCUUUUGUGGAAAACAUUUGGAAAAUCAAAUUUGUCAACUUGAGAAUCGUUGGAGAGAAUUCCCUUGGUCCUGGAUCAUCACAAAAACCGGCAGUUACGUUUGAACAAAGUGAUCUAGAGGCCUUUUAUAAUACCAUCACUGUAUGUGGUACGACCCAAGUACCGGAUGUACAAGUUAAUGUACAAGUUAAUGUAAAGCAGGCACUGGAUAGUGGACAUGGCGACCCAAGCUUUAUGUGGAGGAAAUGAGGCGUUGUUGGGCAAAAGAGAACUGAGUUUACCUGACUCUCGGAAACAUUGAUCACUGUAUGUCAGCCUAUAAAAUUUAUACAUAAACUCUCCCAAAAACUCAGUCGUGUAAAAGCAAUUUCAGAUGUGGAGACUGACAUAUUUUAGUUGGCAAACCUUUCUGGACUGCAGACUGCUGGUGCAUUACAUGAAUCCUUGCCCGUUUCUGUCUGAGUUACAGCAGAUGGUAUGAGAGCCUAAUACAGCUCAUCAAAUAAAUCCCACUUUAGGUGUUGUAGCUAACUGUGUGCCUUAGAAACCAGGUGAUAAUUUCAUUUUGCUUUGUGACUAUUCUAAUGAUAAUACUUUGCUUGUAGGAAGGGAUUCAUCGUGUCCAAGGCUUCCCCUCAGAAUGCGUCUCAAUAACGUUUUCUUUACAUAUUUGAGGAAGCUUUUUCAGUUAUCUGCUUUAUCACAAGCUAAAUUUCUUAAACUCGGGGCAGUAAUAAAUGCUGUUCUCAAAGCAGUGUUUGUUUUACCUAUAUUUCAGCUAACAGUUUUAUAGUGCGUUUAUUGUAACACCAUGUAAAGGAACUGUACUGUUGAAAUUUUAAAAGUGUGCCUCUUGCUUAACUUUUAAAUGAAUUACUUGAUCUGUGGGGUGACCAAAAAUAAAAAAAAAAUUGAAGACACCUCACAAAUUUAUGUGAGUAUGCACAUCCACUCUACAUCAUGACAGAAUUACAACUUUGUCACCUCUAAUUCGUGCUUUUAGGUUUGGGUUAUACAAUUGAUUUACCGGAUUAACUUCACAAUUUCUUUAAGUUAAAAUUUUUCAUCACACAGUAGCUAUGUGCUGAAACUGUAUGCAAUUGAUAUUAAUUUUUAUAAAUAUCAUUUGGAAAAGGAAUUCUGCUGGAAAAUGCUGGUAUGAUAUGCUUUCUAUGUUAGUUUUUACAUUUAACUCUGCUCCUGAUCUUGGGGGACUGGUAAGACUCAUCUUUUUUUUUUUUUUAAUGCUGUGCCUCUUAUGAGGAGAACAAAUAAAUAUUUCCUAAAAUAAGAAGUUAAUAAAGGAGGGAAUUCCCUUUUGUUUGUUCUAAGAAUAAUGUAUCCUUUAGGUUUAAUUUAUACUUUCUUGUUCACAGUUUUAGGUAUUCAACCAAAAGAAAGCAAAUUUUACUAGUGUUAGUUACACAAUCAGCAAAACAUAGCAUGUUAUAAGAAUAGUUUGCAAAAUAAUAACUUCUUUCCUAUUUUUAUAAGGCACCUUAGUGACAAGCCCAUCUACCCAUCCUAUAUGGGUCAGCUCAGGUUUUAAAAGUCAGGUUAUCUUUCUCUAUUAAGCUUGAUGUUUUAUAAUCGGUAAAUAUCCCAAGUAAAGUCUAAAAAGAAAAAAUAUUCCUGUGUGUGCGUGCGUAUGUGCGCUAACUGCCACUGAUGUUAAAUGCUGUGGAAACAUUACCAUGGACACUAAGAAUGGGCAGAAAUGGCUUCCUGUUACGUUUUAUUCCAUUUGUAGAUUUGUGUGAAGUCUUAAGUAAGGCUGCAGUCCUGCAGUCUCUGCUUGU